AUGAGAUGUCGGCUGAGCUGCCAAACAUGGACGGAAACCUGACGGGGGGCUGUUUUGGAUGCGAGCGAGACACGAAGUCACGCACCUGACAGUUUUGAUUCUUGACAGAUUACGGAGUCCUGCGUACAAAUUGCAUCUACAGGGAUAACAUGGUCGUGAAUAGCUAAGGCUUCGCAAGGAUGACCUCCAUGCCUGCCGAAUAUAACAACCCUCCGACAUGAGACGAGUCCCUCCUCGAGCACACUCCCCGCGCAACCGAUAGCAUGGAUUCUCUGGACCCAGCCUCGCCGACACUUGAUUCCUCUCCUCGUACGCCUACGACGCCUACGUCGCGAAAUGUUCCGAGUGACUUGCCUACUUCCUUAGACGACCGUCGCAACUUCUCAAGCUAUGGAGGGGAAACCGAGAUGUACGAUGGCUGGCAAGGCUCCUCCCAGUAUAUUACUGCCCCUACUCCCGCGAGGCCUCUGGACUUCGACCUCCAUCUUGAUACACCGGCCUACGACGACGCCGAGACCUAUGCACGAAUCCAGGAUAGCGAUUCGAGGUUAAUGGAGAUGGUUGCAGCACAAGCCCAGCACAGGGAGGACGGAAGUCCUGGACAAGAUGAAGAUGCCAUCGCAACAGACGACAGUCUAUCACCAGAUGAGAAGAAGGAGAUACUUCAGAAGAGCCUCAACAUGGCCGCGAGCAAUGGAGAUGUCGCUCGAAUACGGAAACUCGUGGGAGGGACCGCGAAGGAGUUUGUGGACGUCAACCAGCCGGAUGAGGAGGGCACAGUGCCGUUGAUCUAUGCCAGUUGUUUUGGACACUACGAAGUUGUGGCAGCUCUGCUGGACGCAGGCGCUGUGGUCGACAAGCAAGACCGCAAUCAGUGGAGUGCUUUAAUGUGGGCUAUGACCAACCGACACAAGCAUAUCGCCAAAAUGUUGCUCGACCACGGGGCCGAUCCCGACAUCAAGUCUUCUUCAGGAGGCACAGCACUGGACUUUGUUCAGCCAGGGUCCGAUUUUUCACACUAUCUGCACGAGAAUGGCUACCAUUUCGGAGCUUCAAGCCUGGAUGAUGACUUUUAUAAUGCGGGCUUCUCGCAAGAUCGCUUUGAGGAAGAAAUGGCAGAGAAUGAAAUGAAGAGACGAAUGCUGAUGCAGGAAAGCGCGGCCAACUUGGAGGUAGACCUGUCUACUUUAGGUUUUGAUGAACAACCAGAGUCACCCACUGACAUUGAGUCCGACGAGGAAGAAUUCAUAUGGGAUCGAUGUAUUGGUGACCAGAUGUUUGUCUUCCAGACCGAUAAGCUCGAUGCUAUUUUCGAUCUCAUCAUCACCAACAUGACGCCGCAACGAUCUCCUUCACAGAAACCUGUACCUGCCAACUUGAUUUUCCUAAUGGCGAGGUAUUCGCAUUACCACAUGACCGCGUCUUUGCUUGAAGAUGUCUUGACAAAGGCAAUGGACCUCAUUAACGACGUGAUUGAACGGUCACAAUGGGACAUGACCAUGUUGGCGUUCUGGAUGUCAAACGCCACUUUAUUGCUGCAUUAUCUCAAGAAGGACGCUGGGCUGGUAGAGGCAACGUCAAAAUAUCAACUCGAACUUGCAGAGUUGAUCAACGAAAUCUUCAUCUUGAUCAUUCGAGACGCCGAACGAAGGAUGAACAAGGUCCUGGAUACAGCACUGCUGGACCACGAGACGAUACCCGGUCUGUCCGAUGUGGCCUUUCAAGGAGAAUGGAAGGUGUUCAAAUCGAAGACCAAGACCAAAGAAGAAGAUCCAGACAAACGAUUUCGACCGCCUUCACCCAAGCGACGAGCUCAGACUUCACCUCGAAACAUUACAUCUCUGCUUGCUUCAACGCUCUUUGUGCUUGACCUAUAUGACGUCCAUUCCGUUAUCACUGCUCAGAUAUUGGCGCAGCUAAUCUACUGGAUCGGAGCAGAGCUUUUCAAUCGUGUUAUGACGACGAGAAAAUAUCUCUCGAGAACGAAAGCCAUGCAAAUCCGCAUGAACGUCUCGGCGAUCGAAGACUGGGCUCGCGCGAAUAAUCGUCAACCGGAGCACUACGAAAACGGGUCGACGACAUCGACUGGUGAAAACACGGUCGAUGCUGCCAGGCGACAUCUCGCUCCUGUCAUACAGCUACUUCAAUGGCUUCAAUGUUUUAGUUCUCUCGGGGACGACCAUGAGUCAUUGGUCGGGACACUUGUUCAACUGCAGCGUCUCACCCCGACGCAAUUGAUCCAUGCUGUCAAGAACUACCGGGCAGAGGUGGGCGAGAAAAGCUUACCUAAAGCUCACAUGAAGUUCUUGACACAAUUGCAGAAAGGCGAACAGUCCUUGAUCAAACGGCCGUUGACUCCGCAAGUCGAUGCUACAGAAUCCGGAGCUGCCACGCCUACAAAGCACGAUGGUGAUGAUGCCCCAGCAGUAAAGACUCCUAGCACUCCGCAGAGUACCACUGGACCGACAGCGUCCUCACCUGUUGACCAAGACAUUGAUCCGGCACUCAGUCGCAAUGCCUUGACGUUGGAUCAAUCUUUGAUGCUUCCUUUCUCGCUACCUACCUCGACGGACAUGCUGAUCACUUAUGGGGCUGGUAUUGGCGGGGUCAAUCGAGAACGAGCGAGAAAAUAUAUCCCAACAGUUCCGACAGAGGUUUUGAGUAAGCUCAACCUCGACGGUGAGGGCAUGCGCCGCGAAGGGAGUAUUGGAACAGUAGGGACAACAGCACAUGGCUGGCGGAAUAGUGGGUUUUGAAAGACCAGUAGGCAUAGUCCAUAUAUACUCAGCAGACCACAGGCGAGGCGUUUUGUUUCGGAUUAUAAAGGGCACCAGGCCUUCUUGAGUCUGGUAUGGAAAGCAGGGAUACCACGUGGGCUGUGCAGUGAACAUGGUGAAAUUGGGCCUUUGCGCUAUUCAUCGCUUCUGGCUGAUAUUCUUAUCUUUAUGGGGGUUUAGAAGCGCCAUGUUGCAGCCAACUCAAGCCUCCAUCAU